AUGAGCGCGCUGCGGCCUCUGCGGGGCGGCUGCGUCUGUGGGCGGAACCGGUACAUAAUCGCGCUCCCAGAAGACGGUGCUCAGCAAGCCCAGGUUUUGUUCAGCACGGAGAGAUCACAUCAAGAGACGCUCGCGACACCGCUGGCAGCCUACCUCCGCGUCCCUCUGGCAUGGCUCCACAGCACGACGUUUGCCUUUUUCGACGACGAGACGCACGCCAUGAUUCGGCGCGUAUACACGCACCCCAGGCAAGAGCACGCCAAGCGCAACUUUUGCGGCUUUUGCGGGACCCCUCUCUCGUACUGGUCGGAGCAGCCGCGGAGCGAGGCCGAGUACAUCAACCUCACGCUGGGCAGCCUUCUGCAGGAAGACCUGCAGGACCUGGAGGACCUCGGUCUGAUUCCCGACGAGAGCGAGAGCGAGCCGGAGGAGGCGCGGAAGCGUUCGCCCGAGGCUAUGAACCGCGGCCAGGUCCUGCGGCAAUCCUACGGCGUGCCGUGGUUCGACGGCAUGGUGGAAGGCACAAGGCUGAGCAAGAUGCGACGCACGCACGGCAUCCAGCGGUCCGACGACGGCACCGUAAGGGUUGAGUGGGAGAUUGUCGAGGAGGAAGAGGACGCUGGAAGCAGCACCGACGUGGAGAUGGAAACGGGCUCCACGGCAUCCGGGAAGCGAAAGUUGCAAGACCGGGCCGAGUAG